CGUUUACGUUAGCCGUAAAGUAAGAAAUUGUUCAGUACUUUAAGGAUUAGGCAAUAAGUUAAGAACGUGCUCCACAAUUAGAUAGUUGAGCACCCCUGCCAGACGCCUCCACUCCGCCGCUCGCCAGUCAGUCAGAGUAACCACAUAAGCACCACCAGCGGGUGUACACACAGGCAUACGCUGAGCGAACCACAUGCCAAUCGAGCAGCACAUGAGAGAAAGUACAUAGGAGAAUACUCUCACGUAUCACGCGAGAGCGCGGCGCACCGACUCAAUGCGGCACAAAUACAUACCUCAAUCGGGGCUGAUCAAGUUCGCCCUCGCCUCAGUAGUCAGUAGUCGCCACCCGUCUUUCGAUCGCAUCGGUACUAAUCGACAGCUGGAGCCUCGUUCAUCGCGCGUCCGUCAAAAGAAAAGUUGUCAGGGCUGGAAAAGACAGCCGCCAAAGCAGAAAUAAUUCGUCUCGAAGGUGCGGUACCGAAGACAAUAGCCGAUACACAAAAGGCGAUUCUGCUGGUGGAACCAGCAGCGGCGUGGCGUGGUCAAUCCACGUGGGGAAAUAAUUCCGGACGGAUAAGGCAAGCGAUCGCGGGCGCCUUGGUGACAGGCUGCAGAUACGGGCCGGAAGCGAAUAGAUUGCAUGUGCAGGAAAGUUGCAUCUCAACGCACAAACUACAGUGCCACACUCAGACGCAUCGCGUACACACGCACACACGGAAAACCCCAUAUUGGGGUUUUUUUUCUUGUGUGUGUUGCAGAUCACGAUUGUCGCACGACGCAACACCGGUGCAUCGGUGCAACAACACCUCUCGUCGCGAGAAUCAUUCCGAUCCAGGUCGAUGCAACCAUAGUGGACUCUUUCUCGUGAUCGGCACACGAGAUCUUGGGAUUUUCCGGUCCAUACACGAACGGCGGGCGUGAGAAGCGGCAGGCUGGUUCGGUGCGGAAGACCGGUUGGUGGUGAGAGGACCACGAUACUCCAGAACAGCGCGCGGAAGAAGGUAUCAGCGGCCACGGUGGAGAGAUGCAGAGGGUAUGAAGGCGGUCUGGCUGGCAUAGGGGGAUCGUGAGUACUCAUGAUAGUCUAGCUUUAAGGUUACAACAUGUGUGUACAUUAAGUGCAAUAGUACAGGGCACGAAGAUAGGAGAAUGACCCAAAGGGGUGAUAGAUCAAUUGAUUGUCCGUAAAUAAACAAUGUAACGUAAACGGUAUUUGGUUUGUGUGCGCUAUUAUUUUGGCUUCCGGGUCUGAUCGAGGCUAGCCUUAUUCCCCUCGACAGUCUUCCACAACAUUGGCGCCCAACUAAACAACCCACAACAUUACCACUAAAUUAUUUGUGCGACUGAUAAAUAUUUUGGAUAUUUGAGCUCAGAUUACUUUAAGCUGAUUUGGUUGGUUUGGAUUUUAAUUAUUGUUACUUCUCAAAAUGGACUUAACACAUUUGAGCAAUGAAGAAAUCGACUACGAACUAGCUAUUCGAUUUGUGGUCAACCUUGGGCCUUCGACUCAUAGAAAUAAAGUGCUAAAACUCAAGGAGCUGAUGGCACAAGAAGGAGGCAUCCAAGAUAGAGUAUAUGAAAGCUCAGAACACGUAAUGUGCUCAUCUUCAAACAUAGAAACGUGUCAAGUCAGGAUUGGUAAAUUAAAGACAUUAGUCGAUGAAGCGAUCCAAAUCAAAGACCCUUUCGCUAUUUCCCAAUUGCGAUCGCGACUAAUUCAUUACGAUCACAGGUUGGCAAGCAUUAAGCCUCUCGCGCCCUUCGUGAGCACAAAGCAAACAUUGUGUUCGCUUGUCAAAGUGCUAAUGGAUGAUGUAGACAAUGCAUUAGCGCAAAUCGGUAAACGUGGUGAUAAAAGUGACAGUGCAGUGACAAAUUUAAAUCCACAUGGUGAAGCUCGUGAAUCAGAAGGCAACAGGAAACAAAACGGAAUGACGCAGGAGAACACUGAUGGAGCGUACGCACACAUACAGCAACAACAACAGGUGGCCAAUCCGAUCUCACCAGGCACUCGCGAUACAGAGGCCAUUACCAGGCAGAGAGGGGGGCAGUCAGAUCUGGUCAACAACACGAGCAGAAGGUCAACAGAAGGAGUUUCACCACUAGCGAGCAGAGCUGAACUGGACAAUAGUAACCAUGAUCUACACGACAACAGCAGCAGACAAGAAUACGACCCACAGCUAUCAGCAACAAGCUCACCCGUUUCAGGUCGAGGAAGAGGAGUAACGCUACGACGUUCGCAAGACCUACGCCCUAACACCAACGGAAGGGGAAGAGCAGACUUCGUUCCCAUACUUCACGAUAACCUAAGCGUUGGGAGCAACAACAACAACAAUAACAACGAUGAGAUCACGUUCAGGAACAUCGUCGUCAACAAUGCCAGCUUAUACGCAGAUCUGCUGGAACGCUUGGCGCGAAGAGAACGACCUACAAGAUCACCACCCACGGAGCGGGCAGAAGACCGUCGUAUGAUGAAGGCAGUUCACAACUGGCCCUUUAAAUUCAGAGGAGAGAAAGACACAACAUCUUUAAAUAUCUUCUUAGACCGCGUGGAAACCUUUGCCAAAUCGGAAGGGAUGAGCGACGGAACGUUGCUCUCUUCCAUCAAACACCUCCUGCAGGAUGACGCCUUGGAUUGGUACGCCCGAGCAAUGUCUCAGCGAUUACUCUUCUCGUGGCAGGCUUUCAAGCAAGAAAUCAAGCGGGAAUUCCUACCCAGUGGAUACGCCCAAAUACUCCGGCUUGAGGCUAGUUUUCGCUUUCAGGGACAAAGUGAAUCGUUCGCCAAAUACUACCGAGAUAUUGCAGCGCUAUUUCGUUUCAUUUCCCCACCAAUGACGGAGGACGAAAAGUUUUUUAUUGUCAAGAAAAAUAUGAACGCAGACUACGCAGCAAUUGUCACAGCUGCAAGACCGGUGGAUCUCAGGGAAAUGGUAGAGGUGUGUACGAGCUAUGAUGAAACCAGGAUGCUGCUGAAUCGGCAGCGUAGAAUUCCGGUCCCGCACAACGCUCUAUUGGAACCAAGCUUUGCAACCCCAACAAGCUCAACGAAACCGUUUCAGCAAGCACAGCCUCAGAGGUAUCCAAGGGUAAACACAGUGGAAAUGACCGACCGCAACGAAGAUGGACUUAUCAACACACAGCAACACACAGGCGUCGCAGAAGGCGUUUCCACGCACGUCGAAGAAGAGGCAGAAUGGCAAGACAAGAUGGAACAGCUUCUACAACAGGUAUACACAUUAAAGGGACAACUCGAUCGAAAACAAACUAAACUGGGCAGCUCGAGUCAAGGCCAAAGCCGCAUAACUUCACCUCAACACUCAUCAACAAUUCGUCCGAUACCUCAACCACAAGCGGUUCAACAUCAGCAAAGAUGGCAGCCAGGGCAGCGCCAAGAAGCUUGCCAACAAGAGAGAGUGCGUUCGUAUACGACGCAUGUAUAUCAGCCGGCACAGUCAUCCGGAGAACUCGCUCACAACAGGCAAUACCAGCCAGGAUGGCAGGCGGAGCAACAACCAUCAGGAUGGCAACAAGAACGCUCGAUCUCCCAUCAGAAUCCACAGGUCACGGUCCAGAAUAGCUCUCAGCAGUCAGUGGGCUACGGCGGACGUCCGAUCAUGACCUGCUGGAACUGUGACGAAGAAGGUCAUCGCUUCAUGGACUGUCCAAAACCACAAGCCAUAUUGUUUUGCUAUCGCUGUGGCAGGAAGGGGUACUCCCUACGAAGUUGUUUCACGUGUCGUACAGACGCGGGAAACCAGCAAGCGGGGAAUCGUCAAUAG